UUGUACAUUACAUUUUUUUUACUUUUGCAUUUAACCUCGUGUAAAGAAAAGACGUCCGCAUUUCGUUUCGUGGAAAGAAAUAUAUUAAAAGUUUUAAUCUUUGAACUGAUAUGUGUAAAUAUUUUGCAUAAAUAUAAACAUUCAUGAAUUAAAACUAUCCAAAAAGACAAACAAUUGUGUGUUCUCCCUGUAAAAAUACAAUAGAAUGAGUGAAAAUCGCGAACAACUCUUGGAAUCAAUAAGGUGUCAAGGAGAAGUGGUCAGGAAAUUAAAAGCUGCCAAGGAACCCAAAGAUAAGGUUUAAAUCGAGUCUGGGCAUAAUCCAGUUAUUAGUUAUUAGUUGUAAAAAUGUUGCGUCACUUUAGCUGCCGCCUUCAUAAUUAUUCGCGACAAAUUCAAACAAUUUUUCUAAAUCAACAACAAGUCAAUAAUAAUUGUUUGCAUAAUUCAGCAAAAUUAUUUAAAAUUCAAACUAGUCAAACUAUACAAAAUAAAAACAACAACAAUAAUAAUGAUACUGAUGAUGAAUCCAUUGUACAGGAAAUAUCAAAGAUUGAUGCUGAGGUUUCUAAACUCUUGGCGCUAAAAGCGCAGUUAUCAGAAGACAAUGGAACACCCCAGAAAUUCACCUUGAAGACACCAAAGGGAACACGAGACUAUAGCCCGGAGCAAAUGGCCUUAAGGCAGAGCGUCCUUGAUAAAAUCAUCGCUGUCUUCAAGAAACAUGGUGCUGAGUCCAUUGAUACUCCUGUUUUCGAACUUAAAGAAGUUCUAACAGGAAAGUAUGGUGAAGACUCGAAACUCAUAUACGAUCUCAAAGAUCAGGGUGGUGAAAUUCUUUCGUUGCGCUAUGACCUUACAGUUCCUUUGGCUAGAUAUUUAGCCAUGAGCAAAAUAUCGAGUAUUAAGAGAUAUCACAUUGCGAAAGUCUAUCGACGUGAUAAUCCCUCUAUAGCACGUGGACGCUAUCGUGAAUUUUACCAAUGCGAUUUUGAUAUUGCUGGAACUUAUGAUCCAAUGCUGCCAGAUGCUGAGUGUGUUAAAAUUGUCGUAGAAGUACUUGAAGGUUUGGAGAUGGGUGAUUUUGUGGUCAAACUUAACCAUCGUCAAUUACUCGAUGGUAUGUUCGAAGCCUGCGGAGUUCCCACUGACAAAUUUAGAGCAAUUUGCUCCACAGUCGAUAAGUUGGAUAAGAGUCCUUGGGCGGAAGUCAGAAGGGAAAUGAUCGAAGAAAAAGGCCUUGAUGAAGUAUCGGCGGACAAGAUUGGAGAAUACGUACAACUCAGUGGUGGUGUAGAAUUAGUUGAUAAAUUGCUUGAAGACGAAAAACUUAAAUCUAUAAAAUCAGCUGUGAAUGGCUUAGAAGGAAUGAAAUUGCUUCUCAAGUACUGCAACGCUAUGGGAUUAAGUAAAAGGAUAUGUUUCGAUCUGAGUUUGGCCCGUGGACUUGAUUAUUAUACAGGCGUUAUCUAUGAAUGCGUGCUUAAAGCAGAACCCAAGAUCGCACAAAAUGGGGAUGAGGCUGGAACUGUUGGUUCGAUUGCUGGAGGUGGACGUUAUGAUAACCUCGUUGGAAUGUUUGACCCAAAAAGUAAACAAGUCCCUUGCGUGGGUGUAUCGAUUGGAGUAGAGCGAAUAUUUUCUGUGCUAGAAGCAAAGAACGCAGCCAGUGGUGUUAAGACUCGAACAACCGAAAUUGAGGCUUAUGUCGCUUCGGCUCACAAAGGACUCCACGAAAAGAGAUUACAAAUUUUAAAUCAAUUGUGGGACGAAGGAGUUAAAGCUGAACACUCUUACAAGCUUAAUCCAAAACUAUUGGCACAAUUGCAAUAUUGUGAAGAAAAUGGAAUUCCAUUGGCUGUUGUAUUCGGUGACUCAGAAUUGGGAAAAGGAAUAGUGAAAAUUCGAGAGAUUAAAACGCGGAAAGAAGAAGAAGUUAAGAUCGAGAACUUAGCAGAUGAGAUCAAAAAACGUCUACGAACUUAAAGACCCUCUAUAUGAUAAGCAUUUUAUGAUAAAUUGUAUUUAUUUAUUUAUAUAAUACUUAAAGGAAAGCACUCUCUG